UUCCCACACCCUCCUCAUCUUGAAAAGUGAAAAACAUCCUAAAUGAAACCAAAAACUCUCUUCUCCACGCUCCUCAACCCACCCUGUUCUUACCCUUUUUAUUCAUACAUAAUUUGCUUCUCUAUCCUGUCCCCAACCACUUUCUCUUAUGUGGAUCCGAAGUUCCAAGCUUGUGAACCAAAGUCCUGUGGUAAUGGCCAAAACAUAAGCUACCCCUUCUACAUCACAGAGAAGCAACAACCCUUUUGUGGGAAUCCAGGUUUUGAGCUCACUUGUGGCAAGAAUGGUUUCCCAAAUUUCAACCUUAUCAACAUCCAAUAUACCGUCCAAGAAAUCUUCUACAACAACCAAACACUCCGACUGUCCAACCCUGCAUUUUCAGAGUCAAACGCCUCAGCAUGUGUUGCUCCAACCCAGAACCUCACAGUUGGGAAAUACAGGUUUCAAAUUGUUCCCAACCAAAGGGAUAUGUUGUUGUUCUACGGCUGCAACUCAACAUCGUUACCUGGGUGGAUGAAAAAGCAAGAGAUUGUGUGUUCUGCAGAAAACAGAACGAGUUCCGUAGUUGCCUUCUAUGAGAAGGGUCAGAACUUGAGCUUAGGGUGGGAGAAGUGCAGGGGUGGAGUGGUGAAUGCAACGGUGGAAGAUGUUGAGAAAGGAGGGGUAAAAGAGGCACUGAGAAAAGGGUUUGUGUUGAAAUGGAAUGCAUCUAACUGCAGCGAGUGCAAGAACAGUGGAGGAAGGUGCGGGUUCGAUUUGGAUCCUCAAACAUACGCUUUCAGGUGCUACUGUCCUGAUAGAGUUCACGCUGUAAAAUGUGGGGCAAACAGGUUGAACAAGACAGAGAAGCUAGGCAUAGGUUUAGGUGUUGGACUCAUAUGCAUCUUGAUAAUUGGCUUGCUCCUUCUAUUUUACAAGCGAAAACAUGGUUCCUCAGGAGGUCAAUUUCAAAGACAAAAUACUUCCUCUAACUCCCCCAAUCCGGAGGCAGAAAAUGUCAUGGUCUACUUUGGAGUUCCCGUCUUCUCCUACAAGGAGCUUGAAGAAGCAACAAAGCAUUUCGAUCCUUAUAGUCAAGUUGGAGAUGGAGGCUUCGGGACUGUCUACUAUGGGAAACUUCAAGAUGGACGGGAUGUUGCUGUCAAGCGUUUGUACGAGCAUAACUACAGACGAGAAGAACAGUUCUUGAAUGAAGUUAAGAUCCUCACCCGUUUGCGCCAUAAAAAUCUCGUGUCACUCUAUGGCUGCACUUCACGCCAGAGCCGUGAACUGUUGCUUGUGUAUGAAUAUAUUCCAAAUGGCACUAUUGCUUGUCACCUCCAUGGUGAAUUGGCAAAGCCUGGCUCACUACCAUGGCCCAUACGACUUAAAAUUGCCAUUGAGACUGCUAGUGCACUGGCGUAUCUUCAUUCUUCUGACAUUAUUCACCGUGAUGUGAAAACUAACAACAUCCUCCUUGACAACAAUUUUUGUGUUAAAGUUGGAGACUUUGGCCUUUCAAGACUAUUCCCCACUGAUGUAACCCAUGUCUCCACAGCUCCACAAGGGACCCCGGGUUAUGUUGACCCGGAGUAUUACCAGUGCUACCAGCUUACUAGUAAGAGUGAUGUAUUUAGUUUUGGAGUUGUACUCAUUGAGCUAAUAUCAUCUAAGCCAGCAGUUGAUAUGAACAGGGAUAAGGAUGAAAUCAACCUGUCAAGUCUAGCCAUAAAGAAGAUUCAAGAAAAUGCACUGAGUGAGCUGGUUGAUCCUUCUCUUGGCUUUGGUUCAGACAAUGAGGUUACUAGGAUGAUAGUUUCGGUGGCAGAAUUGGCUUUUCAAUGUUUGCAGAAGGACAAGGAAUUGAGACCUUCAAUGGAGGAAGCCUUUGAGGUGCUGAGGACAAUUGAAAGUGGGAAGGAUAAGCCAGAACCAGAGCAUCUAGAAGAAGAUGUUCAUAGUUCUGGGGCUUCAUGCAGUAAUGUACAUCCACCAUCGCCAACCUUGCCCGAAUGUGAUGAAGUUGGAUUAGUGAAGAACAUGAAGCCACCUUAUUCACCAAUAUCAGUUACUGAUAGCUGGGACAGUAAAUCUACUACACCUAAUGUCAGUAGUUAAUGACUUGGCCUAUUGUCAUUUGUUGUUGAUAAGCAUUCUUGCCUUAUCAGCUUUAGGCUCAUCCACUUUUAUAGUAAUUUAUAGGAUGCUUUUUUUAUAGGCAUAGGAAGCUUAUAUUAUGCGGGCAUAUAAUAAUCAUGUCAAGAGUUGAGAGAAUAAAACUUUGAAUAUUCAGAAGACAAGGAAAAGAAAAAAGUUCUUGGGAUUAGGGAGCUAAAUCUAGUCUUUAUUGUGGAGCAUAAGUUAAUACAAAGAUGAAGACAAGUAACCAGAAUGGAGAGAAGGCUUGGAGACUUGAAAACAUCUAGGUCAUACUAUUCUUGAUCAUGAAAAAGGAUUCUGUUUGUAAGCUAAACAUUCCUUGUUUAAGGGACUCAGUUGAGUGGGGAAAUUUAAAGUUGAAGUCUGAUUUAA